AUGACGACCCCGAUUGCAACCCCAGGCCCGCUGCCCCUUAUCAUAAACAACGUCGAUGUAACAACUGAGACUACUUUCCCUGUCUACAGUCCUGCAACCAACGAAGUCCUCUGGUCAUCCUUUGCAGCAACGCCCGAGCACGCCCGAGCCGCCGCCGAUGCUGCUCAGGCCGUUUUCCUCUCUUGGUCUCGGAUAAAGUGGUCCCAGAGACGAGACCUGCUCCUCAAGGCCGCGGAAGUUCUAGAGGGCCGCGCCGAGGAGCUCAAGGCAACCUCAAUACAAGAGACCGGUUCUGUUGACGCCUGGGAAAGCUUCGAUGUUUACGGCGGGAUUGCUAUGCUCCGAGAGGUCGCGGGCAGGGUGUCUUCUAUCGAAGGCCAUAUCCCACAGACGGAAGGCAGAUCUGGCUUCGUCUUCCGGAUUCCUUACGGCGUUGUCCUGAGCAUUGCGCCCUGGAAUGCCCCCGUCAUUCUCGGGAUCCGCAGCAUCGUCUACCCCCUCGCGGCUGGUAACACCGUCGUCUUCAAAGGGUCAGAGUUCUCGCCCCGCACCCAUUACCUGCUAGCGGAUAGUUUCCGCGCCGCCGGCUUCCCGCCCGGUGUCGUCUCGCUCGUCACUCACGCGCCCGGCGCCUCCGGGGCAGACGUCGUUGGUGCAUUGAUUGCGCACCCUGCCAUCAAGAAGAUCAACUUUACUGGAUCCACCGCCGUUGGAAAGAUCAUCGCCGAGUUGGCAGGUCGGCAUAUCAAGCCGGUGCUAUUAGAGCUUGGCGGGAAGGCGACGGCUGUCGUGCUUGACGACGCGGAUCUAGAGCUGGCCGCCAGUACUAUCGCCGAAGGAGCAAAUACACAUGCUGGUCAAAUAUGUGUUGGCACAGAAAGGGUUGCCGUCCUUUCUUCUGUAGCAGAGAAGUUUACCGCGGCGCUAAGGAGGGUGUAUGAGGAACGCUACUCGGAUAUUUCCAAACAGCAGCCAGUAACACAGGCGUCUUCCGCCGAUCGGAUCGAUGCCCUCUUAAAGCAAACGGUCGAAGAAGGAGGAAAUGUUGUAUUUGGUGGACAACGAGACGAGCACAACCCACGUUGUUUCCAGCCUACCAUACUUACGAACGUUGAGGGCACGGUACUGUAUAACACGGAAAGCUUUGCCCCGUUCGUCUCGGUGACGGUUGUUGACACUGUCGAGGACGCCGUCCGGGUUGCGAAUGACGGCGAUUACGGGUUGUCGACCGCGGUUUGGUCGCAGGACUUUUACAGGGCACUCAAAGUUGCCCAGAAGAUCAAUGCCGGACACGUUCAUAUCAAUGGCUCCACCAUCUAUGACGAGCCUACGCUACCAUAUGGAGGGGUAAGAUCAAGUGGAAUUGGCCGAUUCGGGGGUAAUUGGGGGAUCGACGAAUUUCUGACCAUCAAGACUGUCACAUUUCCAUUGUAA